CAAAUUAUUUCUCCCCUCUCUCUCUCUCUCUUACCGUCAACUUUCCCUUCUCAGUUUUCGCUGGUCUGCGGUGGGUUGCUCUUUACGCCGUACGAUCAAAAGAGAUAAUAGACUUUUCGCCGGAAUCUCGUCGGAGCUCCGAUCUAUUCGCCGGUGAACACGCGGAAAACUCACGUCAUCUCCUUUCCAAGAAAUGUACAAUAACGUUGGAGCCCAAACUGGGGGUGCUCAGCCUAAUCCAUUUGGGAAUGCAUUUUAUGGAGCUGGUUCUGGAUUCAUCCGAGGUGGACUUGGUGCAUAUGGAGAAAAAAUUUUGGGAUCAAGCUCUGAGUACGUGCAAAGCAAUAUAAGUAGGUACUUCUCUGAUCCCCAAUAUUAUUUUCAAGUAAAUGAUCAAUACGUGAGGAACAAAUUGAAAGUUGUUCUAUUUCCAUUCCUGCACAGGGGCCAUUGGACAAGAAUAACUGAACCUGUUGGGGGUAGGCUCUCAUAUAAACCCCCAAUUUAUGAUAUAAACGCACCAGAUUUAUACAUCCCAUUUAUGGCAUUUGGUAGUUACGUUGUUCUUGCUGGCUUGUCACUUGGUCUUAAUGGAAAGUUUAGCCCAGAAGCUCUAAACUGGUUGUUUGUCAAGGGGUUGCUUGGCUGGUUCAUGCAGGUCUCCCUGCUGAAAGUAACAUUGCUCUCACUGGGUAGUGGAGAGGCACCUUUGCUGGACAUCGUCGCAUAUGCAGGCUAUACUUUCACGGGAAUGUGUAUAGCUGUCCUCGGGAGGAUCCUAUUGAAAUACUCGUACUAUUUCUUGAUGCCAUGGACCUGCUUAUGCAUGGGAAUUUUCUUAGUGAAGACAAUGAAGAGGGUCCUCUUUGCAGAAGUACGGAGUUAUGAUUCGAGCAAGCACCAUUAUCUCCUGCUCUUUAUUGCUCUGGCUCAGUUUCCUCUUUUCAUGUGGCUUGGCAACAUUACUGUUAACUGGCUGUUUUAAACUGCUUCCAUGUAUUUGUAGUGAUAAACAAUUCUGUUGUUUAUAGCAGCUUUUUGGAAUCAUUGCAGGCAAUUGAGUGAUAGUUGAUUUUCUAGAUCUUGGCCGAUUAUUUUAUUUGUUAUUUUCCAGUGAAACGUCCCCCUUUCACUCCGACUUCUAAAUGGAGUUUCUUUGAAUGUUUUUAACUUCUCAAUGUGGAGAGCCUCUUGAUACUGAAAGUUCCUUGGAAGACACCACCGUAUUUGAUGCAAAUUCUUGACUGUAUAUGUAUACACUGAUUUGUAGCCCAAACACUGAUUUAUAGCCGAAUUUAACUCGGUGUUUAGAUGAAUUGAACUCGAGUUAUUGAUGGUGGAGGUUUUAUACA